AUGGCUCCAUAUUUGGGAACCGAUAGUCAUCAGCAUCAAUGCGCCACACAAGCCAACACCCUAUUGGCGGGCACCACAUCAGCAUUAGAACAGUUAAUCACCAAGGCGAGGCAAAACCUGCCCGAAGAGUCGCUGCCUCACAUUGCCAACGUCAAGUUUUCGACUGCCAAUACAGGAAGCCCUUACUUUCCCAGUCCACUGAAGCAAACGGAAGCCAUCUCAGCUCUUAAGGCGGUUGAAGCAGGAGUUGCAUCUGCUAUAGCUGAUCUACAACAUGCUCAGAGGCCACGGAACAUUGCUGUGGAUCUCGAAAGAGCAACCGCAUUUCUAUUCUCAACAUACUUAGCCACUGUAGGAGGGUUCGAUAAGUCAAACCCAAAAGCGAAGAAGUUACUCAAAGAUACCGAUCUUCUACAAGCGCAGUCUAUUCUUUACCGCAGAUUGUCGGCAAACCUCUACCAGACAAAAAACCCAGGAGAAUACUUCCAUCUUCAUGGCUCUCUUGAAGCAACCAAAGCGCUCAACAUGAUUGGUCUGGAAGGAUCACGGCCCGAUUUGACAGACUAUCAUGAAUGUAUCCAGAUUAUCGAGGAUCAUGUCAGACAAUACACUGCCGAACAGCUCGAAGAAAUGAACUCAAAGAUCAGACAAGCCGGGGUAACUUGCCUGAAAUGGGAGGAUUUCCAGAAAUCCGAUCACGGACAGGUUCUCCUUCAACAACCACCUUGGAAAGUAGAAACUCUCGAAACUGAAACUCCCGCGACUCCUCUUCCUUUCCAGUCGUCGCGUGCGCCCAAGCCACAAAUCCUUGCCGGUAUCCGCGUCCUCGAACUUUGUCGCAUCAUUGCGGGCCCGGCAAUGGGUCGUGGUCUGGCCGAAUACGGCGCUGAGGUCAUCAAAGUCACGUCGCCGAACCUUUCCGACGUACCUUUCUUCCAAGUGGAUGCAAACAUUGGCAAGCACACUACCGACCUGAAUCUGAAGGAGCCAAAAGAUCGAGCUAUCUUCGAAGAACUUCUACAGUCUGCAGAUGUAGUUUUGGAUGGUUACCGGCCUGGUAGUCUGGAUCGCCUCGGAUAUGGACCCCAACAGCUCCUCCACCUUGCCAAGAAGCGCGGUAAGGGCUUCGUCUAUGUUGCCGAAAAUUGCUUCGGACAUACUGGACCAUGGGCAUCACGACCAGGCUGGCAGCAAAUUGCAGACUGCGUGACUGGUGUGGCCUGGGCUCAGGGUCAAGCAAUGGGAUUGAAUGAGCCUGUCGUUCCACCGUUUCCCAUGAGCGACUACGGUACAGGCUGCAUGGGCACCAUCGCUGCGCUUGUCGGGCUACACAGACGAGCGAAGGCUGGCGGGAGCUAUCUAGGCACCACGUCGUUAUGCCAGUACGAUAUAUAUUUACUUCAACUCGGACUUUACGACGAGCAUAUAAUGGCUGAGCUAAGGAAGGAGCAUGACCAGGAGUUCUUUCAGUUGCGACAUCACGAUUCGGUAGAUGAGGUCGGAAAGAGAGCACUGAAGACCAUGAGACGAACACAUCCCGAAUUGUUCGAGGAUAGACAUAUGCAGGAAUGCUUCAGUAAGGGGUUCAAUGCCAGCGUUAGGACCAUCCGGCCAGUUGUCGAUAUCGAAGGCUACUGGAACGGCUUCUUGCGCAGCUCCCGCCCCAACGGUUUCGACAACCCUACUUGGGAAGGUUGGGAGAUCGAUGAAGCUUUAUUGCAGGGUUGA